AAAAAAAUUAGCUUUAGGGUGGACUUACACAUUUGGGGUGCUUAGAAUUACAUCUAGGAUUUGAAGAAUGUGGCAACCCAAUGACUCUAGCUAUCCAUGACGAAGCUUUCAAGUUCAUUAGAGAAGUAUAAACUCAGUACACAAAAAGAAUAAUAUGAAAAGGCAAACUAGACAAACUUAGAAGAAGAGAAUGAGGAUGAAUGCUGUUCAAAUAUCUGAAUUGUUUUCACCAAUGGCAGCUUCACUCAAACAUUGCAAUGGGCCUUAUAUGUCCUCAUUGUAGCUGCUCAACUAAUUUUUUUUUUUGGCUUGAUUCAGAUGCAAAAUAUUUAACCUUAACAUUGGCUCACCCCAAAGUAAUCAACAAAUCCUCACAACUAAACCCAAGAAAACCAAUCUUUCUACCCAGAUCUUCUCAAGCUUUUGUCGGCUCUUUGUCUUUGUCUCUCCCCUUUUUCUGCAUCCAUGAGCUCCUUAAACUUCAUGGGAAUGGCUUCACGACCAACCUUUUAACCUUGAGCUGAAAAUGCUACUCAAAUACUACUUUUAUCAGCACCAAAAUCAUGUAUGAACUAAAAUAGUCAAACAUAGAAAUACAACCACAUAACUGAACAUGAGCUGAAAUGCAACAAAUACUCAAAUAUCAACAAUCAAGCAAAUACAAGAACAACAGACAAAUUUAAAGCAUCUUGCAAUAAGUAAUAAUAUAAUGUGAACAAUUGC